CGAUAGGUAUGUUCAUGUGAAAGUUAGAGAAAAUCAACAUGAAAGGCGUCUAUUGUACAAACGCUAUUCAGGGCUUGGCCACAGCGCAGAUCAUUUUAACAACUGCUUAUUCUGGAAAUGUGCGCGCUUUAGUAAACGGUGCUCUGUUGCUGGCAAUGACAGGCUAUAUGGCCAGCGGCGGGGGCGCUGAAGCGCACUCGGACAGUCCACUAUGGAAGGAGAGCAGGAUGAGGGGAGAUCGUGGACAUGAGCGCGAGAGCAGCACGCGGAUCGGGAUGCGGAGUGAGGACGAGAGACUCCAGACUUUCCAAAACUGGCCCACAGACGCGCCCGUGAGUCCUGCGGAGCUGGCCCGGGCUGGCUUUCACUACCUGGGCUCCAGUGACACGGUGCAGUGCUUCUGCUGCGAUGGGAUCCUGAGGCACUGGGUUCACGGAGACACUCCGCGGGGGGAGCAUGAGAGGCACUUCCCCGCGUGCGGCUUGAUGAUGGGCAGGGAUGUGGGCAAUGUUCCGCUGGGCUCGUCUGACUCUGUGGACGGGCAGCUCUUGAGUCAGCUGCAGCGGCUGACCGUGGAUGAGCAGGUGUUGCCUGGACAGGCGGUGUGCCCAGAGAUGGAGUCGGAGGACAGCAGACUGGCCUCUUACCAGAACUGGCCCCCGGGAGCAUCGGUGCAGCCAGACGCGCUGGCGCAGGCGGGCUUCUUCUACACAGGUCAUGACGACAAUGUGAAGUGUUUCUUCUGUGAUGGUGGUCUGAGGAACUGGGAACCGGGAGAUGACCCCUGGCAGGAACACGCCAAAUGGUUUCCUCAAUGUGAAUAUUUGCUUCAAUCCAGAGGACGGGAAUAUGUGAGCAAUGUCCAGCAGUCUUACUUCAACAUGAAUGAGAGCAUGGGUGGAUCUCCAUCAUCAACUGCAGGAAACAUUACAUCAGAGGUGCUGGGUGGGCAGAACUCAGUGGCGGCAGCCAUGUUGUCCCCUGUGGUGCAGGCGGUGCUGCAGAUGGGUUUCCAGCACUCACUAGUGGAGAGUCUGGUGCAGUCACACUACCUGCUCACCGGCUCACACUACACCUCAGUCUCUGACCUGGUGAGCGACGUCCUGCAGGCCGAGGAGGAGGAAAGGCAGACAGGGGAGCCCAGACCAGAGACUGUGGGGAGGCAGAGAACACCAAGAACGCAGGUCUCAGACAGGGAGAAAGUGCGAUCAGACCUGAGUCCAGAGGAACAGCUGCGACAGCUUCAGGAAGAGAGGACCUGUAAAGUCUGCAUGGACAAACUCGUCUCUAUGGUCUUCAUCCCCUGUGGCCACCUGGUCGUCUGCACUGACUGCGCAGCCAGUCUGCGCCACUGCCCCAUAUGCAGGGCAGUCAUCCGGGGGAGUGUGCGAGCAUUCAUGUCAUGAAGCGCAAACACACGUUCAUACACAGCGACAUACUGUUGCACAACAGUGUCAUUAGCAAGAAUUGUACUGCACUCGGGAUAUAUAGUGAAAAAAUACUCAAAUGUUAUAAAUAGCUUCCAAAUCAGCAUCAGUGCUCUGACACAAAGACAUAUUGCUUGAUAUUUGGCUAUACAUAAAAGCUACAGGGGUCCAAAAGUCCACUUCACAUGUGUGUAAUAGUAAUAUAAGUUUAAAUAGCAUUAUUUAUAUAUCAGUUUUAUUUAGAUGCUUUGUUGCUUGAAAUAUUAACAUUAAUUUCAGAAUGUCAUGUAUAGUAAUUUGGGUUUCCCCGAAUUUUAUGACAGCAGCACAUUUAAUGACAGCAGCACUUUAGCUGCAAGAACAUCUGAUCAUCUGUACAAAAAGCAUAUCUGUACAUAAAGCAGGAUAUUAAUGAUGUAAAAAAAAAAUCAUAAAAAAACAUAGUUAAUUUCCAGGUUUAAAUCCCAGAUUUCUUAUGUGGACUUUUGGACCCUACAGUACUUUAAAAUGUUUUGCAUGCUUGUAAGUUCUGGACAAAACCAAAGUUGAUUUUGUGUCAUGCCAAAGUGAACAGCUUUUUGUACAUUUUAAAUCUUAAAAAAAAUAUAUAAAAUUAAUUUUCAGA